UACGUCCUACUUUUCUCACAUGCGCGCCAUCCACCUCGCGAAGAACGUGGCGUGCGACGAGUGUGGCGAGGUGUUCGUCAGCAACAACGGCCUCAGACAGCACAAGGGGAAAACCCAUGCCAAGAAAAUCAAGUGCGAAACAUGCUCAGCGAUGUUUGUGAGCUUAGCAGCUCUGGACAGACAUACGGACACGGCCGGCGAGCAUACGGGCCUGUGGCCGUGCGAGCAGUGCGGCGAGAACUGUGCGAGCGAGGAGGCGCUACACGAGCAUGUGGGAGACACACAUCCGACGGUGUCAAUUCGAUGUGAUGAGUGCUCGAUAUCGUUCCCGACGGCCGAAGCCUACACGACUCACGUGUCGCGCUCGCAUCUCCAGCAGAAGAGGAAGGUCGACACACGUCAGGGAAAAUACUUCAAGCGGAAGCCCUUAGAGAAGUCAGAGAAGAUAAGGGCUAUGUGCGAGUUGUGCGGACACAAAGUUGCGUUCCCAGCGUUGCUGAAGCAGCACUAUCAACUCAAACAUCAGGAGCCAAAACCAUAUGCCUGCAAUGACUGCCCGAAGGCGUUCACCUCGAGAGGAAAUUUAAUUAUUCAUAUCCGGUCGCACACGGGCGAGAAACCUUACAAGUGUAAGCGCUGCCCGAUGGCCUUCACCAUGAAGAGUAACCUCGAACGACACCAUAAGACAGUGCACCUGGGCAUCCGCGGCUGCUUCGCGUGCAACAUCUGUGGGAGCACGCUGACAACCAAGAGCAUGCUGCGCACCCACAUCGACUCAAAACAUGGCGGCCGAGGCUGGCCGAGAGGCCGCAAACGGCAACAGGCGCAGAAAUUAAAAGAGAAAUGAACCAUGAAUAAAGAUAAAAUAGAGCCUGACUAAUGACAACUUUCAUCAGCCAGCAAAAACAACGCG